AUGACGUGGUCUACCGAAGAUCUUUCGGAAGAGUGUACGUUGGCACGUAGCCAACUUCAACGUGCAAAGGGUGCGACCAAAGGGCGGAAGGAGUCCAACGGAUUCAGCGGACACACGGUUAGGACGGAGAUCGCAGACGGCGAGCCGUCGCGACCGGUGGCGUUAGACGGCAAGAAGAGCAAGGAGGUGGGUACUUCCGAAUUUGCAAAGGACGAGACAAGUAGAUUGGGGUGUGUGACGAGAGACGAAAGACGGUCGAGGGCUGGAAGUACAGUCAGCGACAAGACAAAGACGAACGAAAGCGCUGUUGAGGCACAGAGUGUGGCUGACAGAACGUACGGGGUUGUGGUGGACGCACUGCAGUACCGUGAAACGGAGGACAAGUAG